AUGGCUGCAUAUAAGCCUCCUAGUAAGGCAUUAGCUCCUCUUUAUCGUCAAUUCUUGCGUGCAUGCGAGAAGACAUUUAGAGGAGACUAUGAGGCCCAAGAAACAAUUCAUAAAGAAAUGAUUAAAGUUAUUCGUUAUAAUACUCUUAACUUAUCCGAAGAAAACCUAAAAAAAGAACUAAAAAUGGCUAUAGACUUUGUUAA